AUGAAUGAUGUUAGAUAUUAUUGUAAUCAUGGUGGAUAUAACACAAAUGGUUUUGACAAUAUGAAUCAAAUUCCAAAUCCUAAUGUUCGUAAUAAAAGAUUCAAAGAGUAUAAUUCAUCUAGGGAUUUAUCAGUAUCUCAACAGAUGUAUGAUUCAAAUGUCUAUAGUCAACAGCAAAGUGGUAAUAUGUCGAUUGAUAAUUAUGUUUAUAUGGAACGUCGUGAUACAAAUGAGGCCCAGUUAUCAAAUAUCACGGAUCAAGCUAUAAACUAUGCAAUAUCUAGGCAUGAUUUUUCUCUAUUUGUUAUAAAAUUUGAAAAUAAAGUUUCGGAGAGUAAAGUUAUUAACGACUUAUGUGAGCAUGUAAACAAAUAUUGUGGGGAAUUUGAUCUAAAACUAGCAGGUUUUCCGAUUCUCGUUUAA